AUGAAUGUUAACAUCCAAAAUCAGGAGGAAUCACAGUUUUGUCGUAGAAGAAAAAAGAAGAUGUUGAGUGGCUCAAGCAUCUCCACAUAUUCAAGCAAUCAUAGAGUAGAUAAGGAAGUCCUCUGUGAUUGUGAACUCCCAACAAGAAUUCGUACCUCCAAGACCAAAGAUAACCCUGGAAAGAAAUUCCGAGUGUGCCCUAACCCAUUGAAACCAGGGAAAAAGUGUAAAUUUUGGGAAUGGAUUGAUGAAGAACUUGAGAAUAUGAAGCCCUUUGCAGAAGAUACUCUUUCAGAUGUUGCAAAUUAUCUUAUACAAGUUUUAGAGGAUGUGGAAUCUGUUAGAGAAGAAGUGAAACAGUUGAAGGUUAUGGUUUGUGUACUGCUUCUGCUAAUCAUUGUUAAGGUUAUGUUUUGGGGUUGA